AGCUGUGCGAUGUGACGUUGCGUGGAUGAUAAAGCAGAAACUCAAUCACAUGUUGCUCGUUUCCCAGUGCCCUGGUCCUGUCAUCUGUGUGUGUGUGUGUGUGUGUGUAGAGUGUGCUUGGGCGGCGAGAGGGAGCUGAAGACCAGGGUCUGUCUACACGCCGCUUCUUCCUCAGAAAGGAACACAUUGCGCUCAUCCUUCCUACUUGUCGGAUCUUUAUUUACCUCGGGAGUGAGUGAGUGAGCAAGUGAGCCUGCCUUUCCACAUUCUAAGAUUCUAAACAUGGAAACGCUGGACAGGACUCUAAACGACUAUUUUGUUUCAUGGUUUGGGCCGAGGGAUCCCAGAGUUGAGGGGUUUCUCCUGCUCGAUACCUACCCGCCUACAUUUCUACUCAGCCUCCUGUACCUCUUUGUGGUUUGGGUUGGACCCAAGUACAUGCAGAAUAAGCCGCCCUUAACCUCCAGGGGAAUCCUCGUGGUCUAUAACAUUGGAUUAACUCUCCUGUCUUUAUACAUGUUCUGUGAGCUGUUGCGAGGUGUUUGGGACGGUGGAUAUAGUAUCUUCUGUCAGGAUACCCAUAACGGUGGCGAUGCUGACCUCAAGAUUAUCCGUAUCCUAUGGUGGUACUACUUCUCCAAAGUCAUUGAGUUCAUGGACACAUUAUUCUUCAUUUUACGAAAGAACUACCAUCAGAUCACAAUUCUGCAUGUCUAUCACCACGCCACCAUGUUCAACAUCUGGUGGUUUGUCAUGAACUGGGUGCCCUGUGGACACUCUUUCUUCGGGGCCACCCUGAACAGUUUCAUCCAUGUGCUGAUGUACUCCUAUUAUGGCCUUUCCGCCAUCCCAGCCAUGCGCCCGUAUCUGUGGUGGAAGAAGUACAUCACGCAAGGACAGUUGCUGCAGUUUGUUCUGACGAUAGUUCAGACUAGUUUUGGUGUUAUCUGGCCCUGUGGAUUUCCAAGUGGCUGGCUCUAUUUCCAGAUUGGCUACAUGAUAUCUCUGAUCAUCCUCUUUACAAACUUCUACAUUCAAACUUACAAGAAAAAGAGCGCGUCCAAAAGCAAAGACAUUCUAAACGGCUCGACGCUGGCCAUGAACGGGCAUGCAAACGGCACGUCUCCACAGAAGGAGCACUUCCCAGCAAAGAAAACUCUUUAAGGCUCCAGGGCUAGCACUCCGCUUCGAUGGCACUCUUAAGAUUUUUGUGACGUUCUAAUGCAAUUUCAAAAGUUACCAAUGUGUUAACUAUAUCCAGUCCUGCGUUGCAUAGCUGUAGCGGCUAGGGACUUGGAACUGAAUAUUGUUGUGAUUAAUAGGGAACAUAAGUUUAGAGAAAUCCCCUUGUCCAAAAAGUCUUAGAAAGAUAGAGAAAAAAAAUCCGUAACAGCUCUAUAUAAUUUUAAAAGUGGUAGAUUACUUCCUGAACUAGAGCAAUGGAUCCCAGUGUGAAUCGGGUAAAACGUGAUUAAUUUUAGUUUACAACACUCUUGUUGCCUUACUGCUUAUUUGUGUGUUAGGAAUUGUCUUGUGUUUACCUUAAUCUUAAACCAUAUUUAUAUGUACGUUGGCACAGGGUGUUGUCCCAUAUGCCUUAGCUCGAUCUACAGUACUAAUGCAAAACAAUUAUUAGGUAUAACCGUUUCACGAAUGCCACAACCCUGUCGUUAGUAAAUACACAUGGUGGUUUUGAUAAGGUGGGAUUUGGAUGUGUUGGCACAGAAAUGAUUGAGUGCUUGUUAGGUGCGUUUAUACAGUCAAUUCCCCAUCCAUGCAAGUGACCACCAAUCAAACCUUGCUCGGGCUGCCCACACUUUUUUUUACCGAUUGCGUCCACUUUGACUGAGUCGAUUGGUCGAGGUUAUUACGUAAAUUUUAAUUUCCGCUUUUACCUGUGGACAUGGUUUCACACUAACUCUUCGAGUAAAUCUCCAUUUCCGCUUUAACUCAUAGACUAGUUCCCCAUUAACUCUUUAUGUAAACCUUCAUCUCUGCUUUAACCCAUGCACUGGUUCCCCGUCAACUGCAUAUGAAUCUUUCUCUCUGCCUUCACCUUACCUACCUUUGCCCUUGCCCAGAACUCCACCCCCUCUUCUCAGGAAUACCUGCGAUUGCUGUUUCAGGCGUCGAGGUACUUUGGACAGUUAGCUCGGACUCCAGGCUGCGGCUUCAUGGCCGUCUUGAUCAAACGGUGGAAGCCACCGUCACGGGUGGGGACAGCAAAUGGCGGAACCACAAAGAGCAUCGCAAAGGGAAAGGCCUGUUUCCGUCACUGCUAGACCUUGCUUGGUGACUUUGACAUCUGUUUCCAUUUCAGAUUCCCGGCAAUCCGUUUUUUUUGUUUAAAAGCCACCUUUUAAGUUAAUCCGGCAUUGGUUUACAGUACAUGGGUGUUCACCCAUUUAGAAGUGGUUGGUUUUUGGACAGUCGGAGGUAUAAAGGAUACGAGAUAACACUCCGCUGUUACACGCGGUUAUGUGUCUUGGGUGAGUGUGGUGGCUAGAUGUACCAUUGGUUAUGCAACGAGUACACACUGUGAUGAACCCAUGACUUCUGUAGUGCUAAUAACUGGUGCAUAGGUGCUGUUGUGGGCAGUGUUGUGUAUGUAGAGAGCUGAGCCGGCGGGAGGGUGCCCCAUAUCACCCAUUAGUGCGGGCGUUGAUGUUAUUAGCUGGCAUAUCCUCCAGUGCAGGAGGUGAACCCAAGCAUAAAGCGGCAAAGAGAUGAAGAGCUCUCUGCACCACAGAGAUACCCGAUCCACGCUGCAUUUGAGACGCUACAAUGGCUUGUUAACCUGCAAUUUAAUGCCAUUGAUGGGCGGCAUGGUGGUGCAGCGGUAGAGUUGAUGCCAGAGUCCCGGGUUCGAUCCUGACUACGGGUGUUGUCUGUACAGAGUUUAUACGUUCUCCCUGCGACUGAGUGGGUUUUCUCUGGGUGCUCCGGUUUCCUCCCACACUCCAAAGAUGUACAGGUUUGUAGGCUUCGGUCAAAUUGUAAAUUGGAUGGUGUCAGUGUGCGGGGAUCGCUGGUCGGCACGGACUCGGUGGGCCGAAGGGCCUGUUUCCAUGCUGUACCUCUAAACAAACUAAACUAAAGAUGAGUAAUGAUCUCCAAACACGAGCGGCACGUUGAUCGUGGGUUGUCUGUAUAGGUUGGCACGUUGGCAGUAGGUUAUAUAUUGUGCACUAUGGAACCGAGAAAGGGUAGGUGGUAACCCUUUCAUGAAUUAGUUACCUGCUUGGAGACAGGGCGAUGAAUAGGGACUGGUGAAGUUUGCUUUGUGAAGGGCAGCCCGGAGCGGUCGCACACGCACACGCACACGCACACGCACACGUACGCGCACAAAACACACAGGCCUUCAGCUUGGCUUUUUUUAAUUGCGAAAAGAUGGCACAGUCUUCAGUCAGGUCGGCAAUGGUGUUUUCUUUUUGUAGUUCGUGCAGAUACACAUAUGCCUUAAAACCAAAAUAUUGCAGGGCCCAAAACCUUGCAGCAGGUCGGUGAGAGCCGUACACAGAAAUAGUCACUGCGUAUAGUUCCUAAUUGGCAUUAAUCAGCAAGGUGUAGACCUGGAUACUCGCCACUGUAUUUGAAGUGCAUGUCCUUGGAUAGUUAAUCUCUCAGCUGCUUCAAGAUCACAUUAACGGAUAUUGUGAAAAGACGACACAUUAUUCUUACUUUAUCAAUGAAAUGGUGUUGUAUUUGAUGUAAUGUUCUCCCCCGCAGUUUAGAAAAGAACUCCUUCAUGUGGGUGCACAAUCUGUAGGUGAAGACACACACAAAAAGCUGGAGUAACUCAGCAGGACGGGCAGCAUCUCUGGAGAGAAGGAAUGGGUGACGUUUCGGGUCGAGACCCUUCUUCAGACCUGACCCCAAAGGUCGCCCAUUCCUUCUCUCCAGGGAUGCUGCCUGUCCCACUGAGUUACUCCAGCUUUUUGUGUCUGUAGAGGAGUUAGAAUUUCGGUUGAAGUAACAGCGCAUGAAUGAAGCCAAUUUUCUUUCUCCAAUGAAUUGAUUCUGCGGGAAAGACGUGGAUAUUCAUGGUCAAUGGGUAACAAGACCGCGCUUGUAAAUCCCUGCGGUCAGAUCUUUCCAGACAAAUAUCCAGCUGUGAUCAGGUCACAAUUAUCCUUUCUCCGGACCGGGCUAGUCGGUGUACAUUCAUGUUCAUAUUCUCAUGUGAUAGGAGCAGAGUUAGGCCAUUUGGCCCAUCAAGUCGACUCUAAAGGGAGCCAACUGUUGGAGAUAUCGAGGCUACAGCUGUGGCUCAUGCAGGAUCUCCUGGUACCUUAUGUUCAUAGGUGAUAGGAGCAGAAUUAGGCCAUUCGGCCCAUUCAAUUAUGGCUGAUCAAUCUUUCCCUCUCAGCCCCAUUCUCCUGCCCACUCCCCAUAACCCCUGAGGCCCAUCUUUACAGACGUUGUCUUGUCUGCUGUGUGACCAAGGGCUUGGUCGUGACCAUGAACCUUUGCGCAGCUUAGCCCAACAAAGAAGGCUGAUACAAACAGUACGUCAAAGGAGGUACCUGUAGCUGCCCCGUGGCCGAGAAGCCUCAGCGUGGGCGGGCAAGACUGAUCCUUUCUUUCCACUCUCAGCGGAGAAUAAAAUGCCAGGGUUUUUCCGCAACGUUGCAUUGGUUACCCAACACAUCUCAAAAGGAAAUGUAAUGCUGGGUUUGCAUUGAUUAAAAAGGCUGCAUCCAUUCUGAGCUCUGAGCAAAACAGUUUGUGUUGUCUUCAUUAAGUGUGACAUACUGUGUUCCUUUGUUCGUACAUGUACUGAAUUAUUCAGUGAAUGCUGCUCUCGAAUGUCAAAUCACAUGUUUUGUUUGGUAAACGUUGAUCAUAAGUGUGCUGGUUUAACCCGUGGACAAUAACUUGUAUAUUCAUCACUUGUGACAUCUGCAGACUCAACAUUUCCAGAAUUAAAAUCUUUACUAAACUUC